AUGAUUGCUCGCGACUUAUUCGAUAUUCCGCAAGGAUUGGUAUGCGGUGGAUUUCCUGGUCCAGCUCGGCCACAUCCACCACGCUUUCGAAGACUUCAAAAGAAUCAUCAGCGGGACUAUAAUGACAAGGAGCAUGCCGUUCGCAUCCGUCAUUUCCGUCAUAAUUACCGCUUUGUUAAAAGUCACAAUCGGGCGGGCAAAACUUAUAAAUUAAAGAUCAACCAUCUGGCUGACCGAUCCGACGACGAACUAACCCGUCUGCGAGACGAUUGCCUUCCAGGGCAAGAAACAACGGCCUUCUCUUCAAUAAAAGCAGUUCAAAAGAAGGAUAUUCCCACGGAGAUUGAUUGGCGUCUGUAUGGAGCGGUAACGCCGGUGAAGGAUCAGGCUAUUUGUGGAUCGUGCUGGAGUUUUGGCACUGUUGGAUCUGUGGAAGGUGCGUUGUUUGUGAAGACCGGCAAGUUGGUUAAGUUAAGCGAGCAGAAUUUGGUGGAUUGUUCAUGGGGAUAUGGAAACAACGCAUGCGAUGGAGGCGAAGAAUGGCGCGCCUAUGAGUGGAUUAUGAAACAUGGAGGCAUUGCCACCGAUGAAUCUUAUGGACCUUAUUUGGGAGCGGAUGGUUACUGCCAUUACAACUCUUCGAAUACGGUCAUCGGCGCAAGAAUUGCAUCCUAUGUCAACGUGACUUCCGGUGAUGAAGAGGCGCUAAAGAUGGCCAUCGCCGUGCAGGGCCCGACGGCCGUGGGUAUCGAUGCGGCGCAUAAAUCCUUCAGCUUCUACUCUCACGGUGUGUUUUACGAGCCGGAUUGCAAGAACGGGCCUGACGAUCUCGACCAUGCUGUCCUGGCUGUAGGCUACGGGGAUUUGAACGGGGAGCCAUACUGGCUGGUGAAGAAUUCGUGGAGCACCUACUGGGGUAACGACGGUUACGUUCUGAUGAGCCGUAAGGAUAACAACUGCGGAGUAACCACUGAUGCUACCUAUGUUAACAUUGCGGCUUGAAGCUGUUGUUUUAGUACUGUUAGUUGCAAUUUUGCUCCAAAAAGUUGUGAUUUUUUUGGUUAAUUUUGUUUCAUUUUUUAUCGUUUCGCAGUUGUGAGUUUAGUUGAGCUUCAUUGUGAUUUAAGUUGACGACCUGUUUCACAUUGGAACGUGCGUACGUAGUUAUCCAGUCCGGUCGGCAGCCGGAAUGACUCGGUUGACCAAUCGCUAAAGUUGUUAUCGAUGUGGUACUUCUUGCUGUGUUCUUCAAUGAACAGUUUCUAUUGCC